UGGCUCCGCCUUGGCCGCCAUGUUGCGGCGGCGGGAGAGGCGGCGGGAGCGCGGGCGACGGCCGCCGCCGGGGCGUACGGAGCAUGCACGGCGCCAAGCAGCGUCCCGCGGACGCGCACCCGGGCCAGUGGGUGCUCCUUGCGCCAGAGGCUGCUACUGACCCCUCCAAGACACCUGACAGUGAACCUUUGUUUACAAAACUGCGCAAUCCAAGUACAGGGGAAGCAACCCUUUACUUAUUCAAUAGUGGUGCACAGCAGCUGUUUGAAGUAAAAGCUUUUCAUGAGGAAUAUCGUUCCUGGUUUAUAGGUCAGACUGUUCAACAAGAUGGGCGCCUGCUGUUUGUUACACCAAUGGACCCUUUAUUUCUGAUCCUUUACUACCUCAUAAAGGCAGACAAGGAGCAGCAGGGAAAGUUCCAGCCACUCGAUCAAGUUGUGCUAGACUCAGACUACCCGAACUGCCCAUUGCUGCUGAAGUGUGCAGAUGUUAAACAGUACAUACAUCAUGUAACAGAAGAAAAAGAGAUUGGCACUCAGAAAUUCCACAAAUACAGCCAAGAGAAGACACUGAAGUGGUUAAAGAAAAAGGUCAAUCAAACAGUGAAAGCACUUAAAGGCAACGAUAUAUCUGUAGGUGAAAGGGUACGUGCAGCUACAUUUAUCAGCGGUAAACAGAUCACAGAUACUAAAGAAGACUAUGUACGGUAUGCCCAUGGGUUAAUAUCAGAAUAUAUUCCUGAAGAUCUGAGUAAGGACUUACUAAAAUACUUAGGACUCCCAGAACUUAAAAGCCCAGCACCAGAGCCACCGCUGAAGAAAAGGAAAUUAUCAGAUGUCCCUGUGGAAGCAGAAGACGACUAUACUAAGUUUAACACCAGCAAUCCGAAACCCAAAAAGGCAAACAGCAAGAUGUCUGCAGCACAGAAGGCUCUGGCCAAAGUUGAUAAGAGUGGAAUGAAAUCCAUUUCUAUGUUCUUCAGCUCCAAACCUAAAGCAUCAAAAUAAAGACUUGUACUUGAACAAUGGUUAUUUUUAUGUUAAGAUAAAGAUGUCUCCUGGUGUUAUUUGUUAGUAUAGUAUCUGCAGGGCAUGUUUGCGUAUGUGGUGGAGGGUGAUGAAGAGAUCUGUGAGUGGGUGUGAGACAAAGCUAUUAUGCCUCAGUGGGGCGAGGCGGUACCGUGCAGAUGUUCCAGCCUGGGUCAGGAAGGUAGCCGAGCUGCAUUAGCAUGGUCCUGUCAGCUGAGAAGCAAGGUUUAGCAUAGUACCAUACUGUACCGCUGCUUGUUCUAGAGCAAGCUCAGUCAGGGCCACCACAGAGUUUUCUCCAUUGCACUCCAUUCUGGGCUGGAAACAUGCCCUCCUUUGAGGUUUUUAAGGAGAGGUUUUUUUGUUCGUAAGGAGCAUUAUUUUUUGAGACUUUCUGGAGAUUUUUACCCGGUAUAACACCAGAGUAGGAUGACAUCGUUGGAUUUUUAUGUUGACCCAAAUCUAAUUGCUGAUGUAAGCAUUGCCGUUGGUGGCAAUUUAUAGAGGCAAAGUUAGUGACUAUAUUGGGAUUUUGGUUGUUUUGAAUAUGCUGGAAACAAAUUGCAAUAAAUGUCAAUGCGCAUGUAAUGCAAUAAAGUGCUUUGUGUAACAAAUUUGUGCUUGUUGUAUUUGCUGUAUGUUUCAAGAGUUAGAUUAGGCUUCAGGACAUUUCUUAAGGGGGUUUGGUAUUUUCCUGUGUAUAAAUUUUAAUCCUUAAAGAAUUACAACAUCACUUUGGGCUUACAUGAUAAAUCUCUUAACACAUAGCAAUAUAGGGGUAUUUUUCUGUUCAAUUCCAAGGUCAAUAGGUCCUUACGAAAAAAAAUCAGCGAAACAUUUGUUUAAAGGCAAAACUGGGGCUUUUAAAGAAGCUUAUUUUCAGCUGGAUGUGUAAUUCAAAAGCUUAAGUAUGAGUGUCUUGGAUAAGGUUUAGUUUUAUGAAGUUUUGCACAAGGUAGUACUGUUACUUAAAACACACUACUCACUCUUGGGUGUGUUCUUCCCUCAUUACAGAGUAUUGCUAUAUAUUCAGAGGGAUAGCUAUCUGCUAUGUUGCAGUUUCCCUGAUUCACAGAAUUGAAAAAGAGAUGGAGUCACUGCAUAGGUGUAUAGGUCUAGUUGUAUAGGUUUGUGUAGGUCUAGCCAGUUCUGGACAACACUGACUCAUAGUUUCAUCCACCAGUUGUUGCGCUGAGCCAUUACUGUGAAUCAGCUGCAAUGUGUGUUUUAGAAAGACACAAUUUAAUAUACGCCAUUCUUUGCUACUUCAGCUCAGUAGAGAAUCUGCGAAUCUACCUGUAUCUCUCGAUAAAGGGGAGUUUCAGAGAAACUAGGAGUUUCUUCAUUUUUGGUAACUAUGCCAUUUUUCCACUUCAGACUUACUUGCUGCUGCUUACAACCCAUGGAUUACAGGGGUGUCUGUUAGGUUAUAGAGCUCUGUGGCAUUCUCUUCCAACCAGAAAUGAAUGAGAAGCCUUGCUCUGUGUUGCAGUUGUCAUUGUAGUUGUAGUUUUUUUGCAAUUUGUAGUUUUGCAAUUGUUGUUGGGGUUUGUGUGCCUUUCAGACCAGUGGUUUUUUCAAAGUGUCGGGCAUAGUUUGUAAAUGGGGAAGUCAGUAUGGUUGGAAUUCCACAUAGAGGAAAAUAUUCUGAAAUAUAUGGAAUUAUUAUCCCUAAUUACAGAGAUAUUAAUUUAACAAAUGUGAAUGGCCUCCCAAUAGCGUGCAGUUAAUGUUCCCCUGUUCUAAAAAUGUUUGUCUGAAGCGGAUUAUCUGAAAAUCAGCCCAUAGUACCAGUGUUUGAAUGUAGGUUGAGACGUGUGUGAUUGAGAUGAAGAGACUUCAUUGAUUUUUUUCAGUUAGAAUCUAUUAUCCCAGGCCAUUUGGUGCUUUAAUAAAAUUCCAGUAAUGAAUGUCAACUUUCUGAGACAGUAUAAGGAGGUGGGGAGCAAUAGGGGACAAAGGAAAAAACCCAGUAAUUGCUACGUGGAGAAAUUCCUGUUAUACCACACUGCCUUGUUGUUCAGCUGUCUUUGGCAGAAUUUCACCAGCCCUAUCAGUAAACUUUCCUUUUCUGACAUCAACUAUCAGACAAGUUUAAAAAUUAAUAGUAGGUGUCAAUGUACGUGACAAUUUCUAUGGGCACCACCUUUAGAAUUGCCGUCUUGGUUUUUUCCUACCUUACUUGUCUGGGCUGUAAAGGAAGACCAGCCCUGUAGCAGCACCAGUUGGUUUAUCCAAUGGGUCCUUGCUAUGGUGGUUGGACACUUGGUUGGUUGGACUCGAUGAUCUGAAAGAUCUCUUCCAUGCGAGACAAUUCUACAAUUCUGUGAUUGGAAAGAGCUAGCAUUUGGUGAGCCCAGAAUGAGCAAUUGCAGUCAUGAAGUGAAGGGUUAGAUUUUGAAAAAUAUUCAGCCUAGCCCAGCAGUUUGACAGGCAACUCCCAGCUUCAUAUCAGUAGGAGAAGGGAUGCACCAAUGAUGGCAACUUUUGAAAACCACCACUCAAAGUGCAGGAUAAUGUUAUGGAAAAAAGAAAGAGCAGGCACGUACUAUCAUGUCAAUGGAGAAGUUUUGUGCAGUCAGCACCAUCUUGGGGAGUAUUUUGGUAAAUAAGAGGAAAGGAAUUGUGUAUCUCUUAAUUCCAAGAAGAUGUGAGGGCAGACAAGCAUGGGAUGGAUAUUUGAGUGGAAAACCAAGAGUGGGAGAGGGUUACAUUAGAAACAGGAACUAUGGGGUAGGACAGAUGCAUGGCAGAAGCUCUUCUUCUGGAUAUUUACAUCUGUUAGUUUUAGGGCUGUGGUUUUUAGUAGUUCAAAAGUUUUGUGAAAUAAAUUUUGGAAAUGCGUCUUUUCAUUGACUGAACAGUUCAAGAACCUUUCUUCUAAGAAAACGUCCCAGUUUCUCUGGUCAGAAUUUAGGACAGGAGGAGGACAAUUCUGAUCAAGAUGGGAGGCCUUUGUGCUGACUUCUGGUCUGGGAUACUGACUUUUUUUUUUUCCUUCUCUGUACAUGAUUUUCACAUCUGCCGCUGCACUCAAGGACUAAGUCUAGAGUUCUUCCUCUGUGCAUAGAUGCGGUGUGCUUUUGUGUGUCGCAUCUCGACUUCAUCUGUUAGCUAUGCCGUAACUUACAACAAUAGUAAUUUUAUUAGUGACUGGGCUUUUGCUUGAGCAGGAAUUGGUGCAUGACAAAAAAAAAUAAGCCAUUUCCAAAAGCCAUUAGAGCUUUCACAUGAAAACAAAAACUCUUUUCCCUUUAGGAAAGAAUGAAAUACAUUUAGUAACUUUGAAACUUCCUCAACAUGUAGCUGUAAGAAGUUAUGAAGAGCAUGUGGUGCCAAAUACAUAAAACAAUAUUUCCUACCACAACGAGGAUUUAAAUAUAGUUACUAUGCCUGGCCAGCAGUAGCAGUAGGUCAUUAUGAAGUGCUGCUUUGCUAUUUCUUCCUUGGUUAGCUUAGUAUGAAACAAUAUGCCAGCACCGUUGUAGAAAUGUGGUCUUACUUUACUUCUUUUUGGCAUUAACAUGCCAUCUCUACAUGUUCAUGUAAAUAUCUGACAAGUUGUGAUGCAUUUAUAGUUGUUGUUUUGGGAUUAAGCAGCUCUUACGUUUCCCCUUUUUUAGACUUCACAUUGCAAACGGAUUGACAGCAGUGGGCACGGAAAACUUAAUAUGGAAAUACCAGCACUGACUUAGGGAUGUGUAAGGGUUGGACUUGCACAUCAUUUUCAGUCUUAAGUAAUAAACUUAGUUCUAUUUGUAGAAGUGACAAUUGGUGAUUUGAAUAUUUGCAGUGGAAAAGGCAUAGUUGGCAGGAUUUGCAUUCAGAUCUGAAAUUUUUAGAAGAGUUUAGUGAUGCUUGUUUUCAGGUGUUGACUUGCAUCUGAUGAUGCUUUUUAGAGGAGAAACUAAAUGUAUGGAUGCUUAUUUGAAUAGAUUACUGUUUAUGACUUGGGUUUUCUCUUUC